AUGCCUAAAACGUUCGCCAAGAUUUUGCGUACGAAUUUUCAUUCUAGUCUAUUUCAUGAAUACGUCGAACCGUCGAACUAUUUCGCAGCAAGCAUUAUACCAUCAUUGGUGAAGCAAGACAAUACAAGCAUUCGUAUAUUCACCAAUGCCUACCGAUCAUACAUCUUUGCACGAACUGGUGAUUUCCCAUCUUAG